AUGGUUUUCAGGAAUACUGUCCUCCAGAUGGAUGUCAAGCCCAGCAACAUUUUGUUGGAUCAGAAUUGGAAUGCCCGGCUUAGACUUCAUGGACCUGCUGCAGAGGUUACUUCUGUUGACCACAGCGAUCAGAUUUACCAAGAUCCAGAUUUCCUUUCCUCUCAGGGAAAAUACCGCAAGGAAUAUGAUGUUUUCAGUGUUGGAGUGGUUAUGUUGAAGUUGCUGGGAGCAGAAGAAGAGUUUUUGAAGGAGUUUAGGACUGAAGAUGGAAAAUUUCAAGUACAGGUGGAAGGGGUUACCAAAAAGUUCUCAAGUUCAAAACUAUUUGUCUUUUUGGUGAAUGACAAUUUAUUUUUUGCACAGGAAAUCCUUGAUGUUGGUGACAAAAUAGACACUUUUAUCAAACCGAGUGGUAAAUUAUGUUGCAAAUGCAACUUGAAUAAUGCUGCUGAGGAUUUACAUCCAAGAGUCAAAUGCAGCAAGCCAAGAAAAAGAGAAAAAUGUGCGAUAUUUUGUCAAGACUGCCUAACGGAUCACUAUCGCAACCCUCUGUACUGUCCAACCCAUGGCUUUACUCAGCCACCAAUUGGUCAUGAUGCCAGUUUUGCUUUACUGGUUGGUGGCUUUGAUGAAGAGAAUCCUGAAAUAUUUCAAAAUGAUGUCCUAGAGUUCAAAAGAGUUCUUAUUAAUCACAACAUUAUGGGUUUCAGGGAGAGCCAGGUGUACAUGGUAUUGUGUGACAGAAAGAAGAAAAAAAAAGCUACAUGUAAGCAGAAAAUUGAAGAUCGCAUCAGUGAAAUCAAGAAGAAGACAGCAGAGCAUCCAGAAGCCACGUUUGUGUUCUUUUACUCAGGGCAUGGAACUAAGGAGGGUUUGAAUCUACAAGGAGAUGGGUCAUUUCAAAUCACCAAAAGAGAAUUGCAGAAAAUGUUUGAGCACUUGAAUGUUUCAGAGAAACUAAUCAUUCUGGAUUGUUGCUUUGCAGCUUCUAAUAAGAUGUUUCACAAAUAA